AUGAUUGGUUUAUGAUGCAGCUAGCAUUGGGUGGAGAAUGCAACUUGGGAAGAGGUUUUGGCUGCUGAUUCACAAAGCUUAGAGAGUGCCAUAAGAUGUGGUGGUUUAGCUAAGACCAAAGCUUCUUGUAUUAAGAACAUGCUGAGUUGUUUGCUGGAGAAGAAGGAAAAGCUUUGCUUGGAGUACCUGCAAGAUUUGUCAGUUGAUGAAAUUAAGGCUGAGCUCUCUCAUUUCAAAGGAAUAGGUCCAAAAACGGUGGCUUGUGUUUUAAUGUUCCAACUUCAGCAAGAUAGUUUUCCUGUGGACACCCAUGUGUUUGAGAUUGCAAAGGCUAUGGCUUGGGUUCCAGUUGGAGCAGACAGGAAUAAGACAUAUCUUCAUCUUAACCAAUGGAUACCAGAUGAACUUAAAUUUGAUCUGAACUGCCUUCUGUAUACACAUGGUAAGCUCUGCCGCAAGUGCAUCAAGAAAGGAGGUAGCACUAGUAAGCAGCAAGAAAAGGAAUACGAGGAUAUCAAUUCCAACUUCAUGUAUGCAAUCUGCAAUGAAGUCAUGUAAUCAACACUAGUACAUAAUGGACUAGUUAUUAGCCAUGAUGCAGUUUUCUCUGCGUCUACAACUUUGAUUUCCAUUUGAAUGGGUAGAAUUAGAAACAGUUCUGUUAUCUCAGUGAAUUACGGAGGCCAAUCGACUUUUAUAUAUGUUAAUAUUUGCUUACAGCA